AUGUAUGAGAGGCAGACAGAGGCAUUCCGCGAGACAGAGGACGCAGGCGAUCGAGGACUUUCGCCGAGGCAAGGCCAUCGGAAGUUCACAAAUUGUCUGGAGAAGUUCCACCGUCAAAAUCCAGCACCCAGUUCUCCUGAGGACUGGGUGGACACUUCUGCCUCGGAGAUUAGGGUCUUCCUGUGCCUUAGGAUUGCCGUGGGGAUGAACCAUAAGCCCGAGCAGAGGCAUUAUUGGUCGACCGAUCUCUUCUACCGCAUGCCCUUGUUCCCGAAGACUAUGACGCAGGACCGUUUCGAUCAGCUGAGCCGAUACCUUCGCGUGGUGGACAACGAGGCGAGUCAUUCCCCCGAUGACCGCCUGUGGAAGUUGAGGCCAGUGAUAGAAAUUCUCCAGCGUCAGUUCUCGUCGGUCUAUACUCCUCCUCAGGAUUACGGUCGACGAGAGUCUCUGGAAAUUUCGGAGGCGAUUUGCAGCCGCGACCUCCAGCCACGGCCAGCACGAGCGCUUCGGGGUGAAAUAAAGCUCGUGGUCAGAGAUGGCCCGAGCUGCGGCUACAUUUGCGCCUUCGAAGUCUACUCGGGCAAGGACCAAAACAUACCCGCAUCCCAGAGGGCUGUCGUCAACAUGAUGGGCGCCGCGACUUGUUUGGGAAAGGGUAGCUCUAUACCGAUGACUGAUGUGGACAGUCGGAGCACGUCUACGGGUAUGCUGUGCCUGCAGUGGCAUGGCAAGCGUGUGGUGACAAUGCUGUCGACUGUCCACGGAAGCAACAUGGUCGCCACUCAGUCCCACAGGGGGUUUAAGCGUGUCAAGCCCCAAGUAGUCGUGGACUAUAAUGUUGGGAUGAAGGGGGUUCAAUACGAGCGAUCAUGUAGCUCAAUCGGACCCGACCACUCGCAAGUCCCUCAAGUGGUAUAA